GCUGAGCAUCUUUAAGCUGAACCAUAGUCUCCAAGCUGGAAGGCUGGGAAGCGAAGGAACACAGUUCUCUCCAGUUUCUUGGCAGGAGAGGAAGAAGAGGAGGAGGAGGAAGAGGAGAAAGAAAGAGGCAGCUAGCUGCAGUGCUCUUUCAUUUGCGCACACAUGCCCAUCUCCCCAUCUUCACAUCCCCUGCUGAGCAGCCAAAGACAGAGAGAGGAGCAUGCAUUAGGAGAAGAGGAGAGGAGGAGGAGUAGCUGUGCCUUUCGGAUGGAGCCGUGGGCUUCCAAAGCACUAGCUGUCACUGUCAGCAGAACUGGGCAUCUCUGAAGCUUUAAAGAAGACGUGCGUUCUUUUUUGGAAAGCCUUAGUCUUCUAACCAGCUUGGCUUCCUCGGUUCGGUUCCAUCAGGAUGUGAGCUGCAUCCGAACUCGGUGACUUCUGGAUCCAGCCAGAAGACAACACAGGACUGGGCUUCCCCAAGGAGUUAACCCACCUGAGAAGGACAGGGACUCCAUCCUCUUCUUCUUCUUCUCCGAGGUUCACCAUGUCACCUGUGGACUGGAGACCAAGGCCCACGGCACGGUGGGGUGGAACCCUUCUGCUAUGCAGAUGGAAAGGCUGCAAAGCCAGAGCUUCUGAACUGAAUUGAUUCAUCUUCCCAGCUGGUUGCAGGGAGAGGAGGAAGAGGCUCUUUCUAUUCAUGCAGAGAGAGGGUUCGGUGCCCCCCUUUCCUCCUCACUCCUUCCAGCAUUCUUGAAAGAAACCACGAUGCAUCCGCAUGGGAUCCAAGGGUUAAUCUGAGAGGGUUAGGAGCUCAACAUACCCUGGAUUAUUAUUCUAAUUUCUUCUUAUUAUUAUCAUUUUUGAUGUACCCAAAUGGUUCUCCAUGAAUGUCCAGACUCACUCAGCCAAAGAGGACUGAAGGAUCUUUUUUGAACACCCAAAAAAAAAAAAAGAGGAGAAGGAAAGGAGUUCUACGGCGUUCUGGAGCAGCCGUCUUGCUCGACAUGAUGUAGAACCUCCUGUGCUUCCAGCGUCCCAUGGAUGCCCAAUUUUUAUGCUUAACCCAAACCACGUUUGCCCUUCAAAGGCACUUACUGUGAACCCUACAAAGAAACUCCAGACCUCAGUCAGGGUGGACAUCUCCCAUAAUGGAGCCUUCCAAAGAAAGGCAGGUGGCAGUGGCAACAAGGUUAUCCUGUUCGGCGAGGAACCCGUUGACCAAGGAAGCUGUGUGAACGUGACCAGCUUGAGGAAGGGAAGCAGAAGACAUUGUCUUCAGGAUCUCCUCAAGGAAUGCCUCCAAAAAGACUGAUGAAUUAAGGAAUGGGAAUGCCCUCCCUGUUGGGACAGCAUAUAUGGCAUAGACUGGAGCUUUCUUUCUGCAACUUUUUCUAGACCCUGGCAUUUCGGAGCACAGAUGCAAACCCUUAACUUCUUAAGGUGGCCAUUCCUGGUGAUUUCAUCUCAACUGGCUUUGCUGGUGGUUCUCAACCUUCUAGACCUGUUUUGCAGCAGGAAUGGAUGGCGUGUGCUGGGUUGGUGCUCGCCUUGAUCCCGACGCAAUGGCUCCGGCUUUGUCGCCCCGAUCCGACUAGGGCGGGGAGAUCAAGGGGUGGCAGGUCAAGGUGCGGCUGAGGCGUUCUGGGGCAGGGUGGGGGAGCGUUAAGAUGUGGAGAUCUCCCCAGCCGAGAGACGUUCCGUGGAGGCACAGUCUGGCUGGGCAAAAGCAGAAUGCACAGCGCGGCUCUGCCCCAGCUCCCUGGCACCGUGUGAAGGAUGAACUCCCGGGGCUUGCAGGAUAGGCAGCCCACGGACAACGCGACCAGCGGCAGCAACACCGGCGAGAGGGAGCGCAUCAGGGGACGCAUGAAAAUGGUGAUCGGACAGCUGGAAGGCAUCCUGCAGGAACUCAAGGAGGUGGCCAAGGAACUCCGAGACGUGGUCAGCCAGAUCGACAAGUUGACUUCAGACUUUGAGUUUGAGCUGGAGCCAGACGACUGGACCACGGCGACGGUGAGCAGCACGUCCAGCAGCGACAAAGGCGCGGGCAUGUUUGACCUUGGGAACCUGGACUUCAUGACCUCGGACAUCCUCUCCGACAGCUGGGAGUUCUGCUCCUUCUUGGAAGCCUCCACCCCGUCGGACUCAGGCGAUGGCUCGGAGCAGCAGCAACCGCAAGGCCGCCAGCCUGACUACCGGCUCAUGAACGGCGGGGUGCUGAUCCCCAAUGGACCCCGAAUCGGAACGCCGGACUCUUCCAGCGAGGAGGCCUUCAGCUCGGCCCCGAGCCACAAAGCCCAGCACCAGCGGACGGCGGGCACCAGGGAGCGGGUGCGGUUCAGUGACAAAGUCCUCUACCACGCUUUGUGUUGCGAUGACGAUGAGGAGGCGGACAGCAGCCCGCUGCCCGAGGACCCUCCGGAAGAGGCCAGUGACCCGGCUCACAAAGCGGGGCAGGUCACCAAGACCUUGCCACGGCGGUCACCUCAGCAACAAAAGCUGACGCGGAAUAGCAGCACGCAGACCGUAUCGGACAAAAGCACCCAGACGGUGCUGCCUUAUGUCUCGAGCAAACAGAAAAUCACAAACAAAAACUGAGGACCAGAGAAGCGGGGAGGAAUUCGGGGUGGGAACGGCGGAGCAGGGCGGGUGGGGGGAAAAGCUUCAGAUAUAUAUAUAAAUAUAUAAAUCUCUCUAUAUAUUUAAGUCAAUAAAUACUAACGAUAUGAUUAAAAAAAACCCGAAACCACCAUGGUGACAGGAUCUCAUCCUGAAGCUACCUAUCCGUAAUGUCAAGACUCAGGGAAUUUCAAUAUGUUUUCAUUUUACUGGAUGGCGCUUUGUUUUUUCUAGCUUAAUAAAUGCGAGGCUUAGCCAGAAAUAUAAAGAAACACAUACCCCACCUCUUGCCUGAGAAAAAUAUGGAAACUUUUAAAAAAAAUAGGAAUCAAAGGAUAUGUUCCAUGAAAUCACAUGGGCUUCUUUGAAGGGAGGAAUUGACACAGCGAAGUGUUUUUGGAAACAUGGUUGACUUCCAGGGCUGGAGAAAGUGGGUCUUGGGGAAGUAGGACUAGACUUGUGUAGACUGAACAUCCCAUGUGGAUUCACAAUAAGGGCAUCACCAACCCAAAGAAAUAUUUGUUAAAUAGCCAAAAUUUCUAGCAUUGCAGAGAGUACAGUAUGAUCCUUGUAUCCAUGGGCAAUAUUUUCCCAAACUUCUCAUGAAGAUGCAAAACUUUGGAUAACAGUGAACGUUAUUGAAAUGAAGGCUUCUGGCCCAAGCACACACCAUACAGAUGAGUUGAAGGAUCUAGAAAAUGCCUAGAAAUGUCAUAUUUUGUUGGACAUGGAUAUAUGAAAUUUUGUUGGUAUUAUACAUUGGUUUCUGUCAGAGUAAUGCGCACAGCGUAGCAGCAGAUGAAUGACGUCAGUUGAAGCGCAGAAUGAACGGACGAUCAGAGAUGAUGUAAAAAGUAUUUACAAAGUUUACUGGACAAGACAAACAGACUUGCAGACAAUAGACAUAGGACUUUCUCUCUAGUCAAACAGCACAGAUCUUCUCAGCAGGCAGAAGAGAUCUCACCUGAUGCAAUCAGCAAUAUACAAACACACUUGUAGUCUGGACACUCCUAUCUGGCUCCAGCCACAUAUCCAAGGUCAAUACAGCUUCUUACCAAAUUAACUCUUUACACACUAUAGCAUUUCCUGGAUGAUGCAAUACAUGCUAGACACACAUUUCAUUUAAACACUACCUAUACACAAAUCCCACAUUAACAAUUUCAUUAUGCCAAAAGAAAAAAAAAUAUCAUGGGCACAGUGUCUACGAAAAAAGAGAAUCAGAAUUCUGCAACUGGAUGAAGAUUAGAGAUCAAUUCAUACAUUUUUGGCUGCAGGGUUCCCAUGUUUAGGUCGACAUCUGGAGCAACAAAACAAUCCAAAGUUUAAAAUGCACCAGAGAGAUUGAUGCAAUAAUCUUAAAGAAGUGGCAAUCCUUUGAGAACAAAUGUUCUGAUUUUUUAUAAGUAAGGGACAUCUGGCAUAUUUAUUUGCAUCUGGCCCAAACAAACCCUUGACGCUCUUUCAAUCCUGAUUUGUAGCUUUUCCUAUUAAAACCAAAGUGAGAAGAAGGGGGAUCAAUGCAACUGAAUGCCUUUUUUGGGCUCUCCUUGGGUGCACGGGUUGCUCCACUAUUGUCUACGAGCCCCUUGCUUGUUCUUUUACACCCUCGUCCAUUUUAUCCCAACCGUUUUAGGCAGGAAAGGAACAGUUUCUAGCAUGUUUCACAUUCGUUGACAUUUUUUAGAUCCAUCAGAAACCGCUGUCAGAAGCAUCUCUGCUAAGUGCUGGGGAAGGAAGGGUCUCCACCAAUUUGUCCCUUUGACAAGGCAGGCUGCCAAGAAAUGACACUUUUCGACAUGUUGGUUGUUUGGUGUCUGCAUUGUUUUUUAUAUAAAAAUAAGGCAAUCGCAACUUUCAGCUUCAUUCCAUCAGCCUUUGCUUGUCAGCGCGGCUUUGCUUCAAUUGAUUUCUUCUGGUCCAUCUCAAGGCUUGUUUUGACAACAUAUCUUCUUGGGUCUAUGUUAACUUUUCUUCAAAUUACUCCACCAUCCAUGUCCAUUGUCCACAAAAAUAUGGGCCAUCUUAUAACUCAAGUAUAACUCAAACCUUAGGUAUAAGUUGAGGGCAGGUUUUGAGGCCAACAUGGAGAAGUUGAGACUUAUUUCAUGGAGAGCGGAAAGCUCAGAGAAGGUGAUGGCUGCCUUUUUGGUUAAGCGUGAUAGUACAGUACUCAUAUCGACCCGUGAAUAACUCAACCCAGAUUUUGAGGGUUGUUUUCCCCCCUAAAAUUUCUAGACGUAUACCUGAAGAGAUAAAACAUUUCUUUAGGAAUUAGAAUUCAGUAGUUCAGUGACAUCCAUAUUUAUUUACAGUAUUUAUAUUCCGCUCUUCUCACCCCGAAGGGGACUCAGGGCGGAUCACAUUAUGUACAUAUAGGGCAAACAUUCAGUGCCCAUAAACACAUCAAACCGAGACAGAGACAACGGACAGACAGACAGAUGCAGAGGCAAUUUAACCUUCUCCUGAGGGGAUGUUCACUUCUGGCCACAAGGGGGAGCAGCUGCUUCAUUAUCCACUCUGAUGGCACUUCCUCACUUCCUCAUUCCAACGUUGUAAAUUAGUUAAACUUGCCUCCCCACUUUUAUAAGUGGUACCUUAUUUCCUAUUUGAUAGAUGCAACUAUCUUUCGGGUUGCUAGGUCAGCAACGAGCAGGGGCUAUAUUUUAUUUUUAAUUGACGGGUGCUCACCUCGCCAUGGGCUGGCCUCGAACUCAUGACCUCAUGGUCAGAGUGAUUUAUUGCAGCAGCUGUUUACCAGCCUGCACCACAGCCCGGCCCCAUAUCAAAAAAGGGUUGGUGCUUAGUUACUAAGUGGAGGUGCUGGCAAAGUUACUGAUGGUCAAUUGGACUAAUGUGCAAGAGGUUGGGCAUUACAUCAAACCCCAAGGACUAAAAUACGGUCCACAACUCACAGUUACUACACCGUUGCAACGAGAGCAACUGUUCUCGCAAAAUCAGUCUCAGAGAUGUCGGGAGGCUGGUGAGCAGACUGCGACAACUGAAUGGCAUAUGUUCUGUAUCAGAAACUAGAGCUGAUGUGAUCUAUUCAAUGUAGUUUUCUGAAUCAGCACCCCAAAUAACAAAACCAAAUCUAAAGUUGACCAAAAACUGAUUCAUAACCCUUUUGGUACUAAUGUCGGAGAGUAGUCCCUGGUCAAAGUGGUCCUUGGUCAAAAAAAAGGUUGGGAACCACUAGUCUAGACACUAUACUCCUUUUGAUGUAGCCCAAAAUCCCCUUGCUGCAUCACAUUGUUGGCUCGUGUUCAACUUGUUCUCCACUAAGACUCCAAGAUCUUUGUUGGACAAAAACACUGGGAAACUUGGGUUCAGACGUAGGUACCCAUUUGUGGGUCCGUACUAUGCAAAUGGCCGUCGCAACAUGUGCGUAGCAAACAAAGAAUUUUAUAUUUCGGCUUAUCUAAAAUUGACCAAUGGCUGAGGGUCUUCCUCACUUUCCACACCUACUUGGCACAGGUGAUACCAAUGACCUAACUUGUUUACUCUGAGCUUUCUUCUCCCUUUGGAACUUCCUGGAGAAAGGCACCAGCACCCAAGAAGGGAGAGACACAGUCACUGUGUUGCACAUACUACUUUGGUUCAUACAAAGUGCUUAUAUCGUCUAUAUCAAGGCUAUAUGAUAGAUGCAGAGGCAAAGCUAUGUUAGGCAAAAGUUUACUAUUUUGUGGCUUAUGGUCCCUACAAGUUAUGUAUUCUCGAAUGAAGUUGGUGAAAUUGAAUCUCUAAGCUAACAUGCCCAUGGACACUGAGGGAUUCUGAGCACUGUGGUUUAAAAAAUGCAAUUUUCCCAGACUCUCCACCUGGGGCAGAUCACAGUUCCAGGGAGGAGGUAAUGAAUCUGAUUAACAUCAUACAGUUCAAUGCCUGGAUCAAUAGACCCCUUGCCUUUUCAUCCAAAUUGAUUUAGAAGCCCAAAGGGCUGUCAGGAAGAUUUCAAAAAAAACCUGGUAUCAUUGAUUGCCUUGCAGCCAAAUCCUAUGCAUGUUUACUCAAAUCUUGAUCCCUGGAGUUUAAUAGGCCUGAUUGCCAAGUGUGUUUAUUUAGGAGUGCUGCCUUCGAGCCAGAGCUGUUUUCCUGGGCAGGGAACGGUGGUGGAAGCAAUAUGAGGAUAAUGUCAAAGGAUUUCAUGGCCGGAAUCACAGGGUUGUUGUGUGUUUUUCGGGCUGUGUGGCCACGUUCCAGAAGUACUCUCUCCUGUAUAUACCUCACAACCUCUGAGGAUGCCUGCCAUAGAUGUGGGCAAAAUGUCAGGAGAGAAUGCUUCUGGAACACGGCCACACAACAACCCAAUAUGAGGAUAAGCCAUCCCCUUCAACUACACUAAAGGAAAGGAUGAUGGCACAGUGUCCAUCUGAACAUCAUAUCAGAUUAAAUUGGACCUAUUAUAUAACAGCCAGCAAGAGAUUCAAGAAAAAUACGAUUACUUUCUUUUGUAGGACAUUUUAAAAGCAAAACAACUGGAACAUAUGUAUUUGGAGGGACCUGUAAUGGACUUUCCUUGUAUUCCCUCCAUCAUUCAUAGAUGAAAAUUGGAACAAGCAACACUAGUGUGGUCAUAAAUUAUGAAUGAAAAAGAACGCACAAGCUAGGAGUGGAUACAGCAGUUUGCUUUUGCCCGAGCCUCCUGGGAAGAGCAGAAUUUUGUGCCUUUGUUUCUAUUAUGCUGAGUUAGUUGAGUGCAAUCUAUUUUUGUACUUGGAGUCUGCGGCAAUGAGAUAAACUAAGAAAAGGGGCAAAUAUGGAAGGGAGAAAGAGAAACAGGGACAUUUUCAAAGCAGUUCGAAAAAUCAGACUGCAGAGGGUUAAUCAGUAGGGUUGUGCAUUCGGAGUAAACCUUAACCUGCUUCAUGUCCCCACUUUCGGUCCAUUUUUUGGGAGCCUCCCAAAUCGGGAGGAUAUAUAUAUAUAUAUACACACACACACACACACACACACACACACAUACAUAUAUACGAUCUGGGUUGUUGAAAGAUUUGUUUUCUAUCAUCCCAUAAUGGGGUGGGCUUCCCAGGCUCCCCUUCCUGUGUGCUUUAAAGAGGCUUCUUCUUACCUUCUGUUUCUUUCUACUCUAGAGGAGGCGCUCAGCUGCACAUGCUUUCUGGGCCUGCACGCCACACACACACUCUCCUUGGAAAGAGUGUGUGUGUGGUGUGCAGGCCCAGAAAAGGUUCACGCCUGCCAGUGUCUGCAGCCAAGCACCUCCUCUAAAGUAAGAAAUUCUUACUCUAUAGGAGGUGCUUGGCUGCGCAUUCCUGGGCCUGCAUGCCACACACACUCUCUCCUUGGAAAGAGAGAGUGUGUGUGGUGUGCAGGUCCAGAAAACGUGCACAUCUGCCAGUGCCUGCAGUCAAGCACCUCCUCUAGAGUAAGAAAUUCUUACUCUAAAGGAGGUGCUCAGCUGCGCAUGCUUUGUGGGCCUGAACGCCACACACACGCUCUCCUUGGAAAAAGAGUGUGUGUGUGGUGUGCAGGCCCAGAAAACGUGCCUGCCAGUGCCUGCAGCCAAGCACCUCCUCUAGAGUAAGAAAUUCUUACUCUAGAGGAGACGCUCGGCUGCGCAGACGUGCACGUUUUUCUCCUGGGCUACACUACACCAGCCAGCCACACACUCUUUCCAUUCCAAGGCAUUUUAAGAAGGCUUCCCACUUCCAGGUAAGGAAGAGUGAUGUCCUCCUGGAAGAGGAGAGUAAUUUUCAGGGAAUGAGUGUUUACUUUUUGUUUGCUGUGGGAUUCAUAAAAAAGAUUAAACUGUAAUGCUGAAAAGAAGGCUUGGAGCCAGAAUUGGCUCCCACUUACUUUUGAGACAAGCUGAUUUUCGUACUGGGAGGGAGGUUCCCGUUAAGUGCUCCUGAAGUUCCAAAAGAAAUGAAAGAAAUGAAGGAAACGGGAGAAACGGAUUCCGCGCACAACUCUAUUAAUCAGGACUGUCUUUGCUGAAUCUAUCACAAGGUAUGUGCCCAGGCCACAUCUUAAAAACAGCCUAAGGGUGCAUCUACACUGUAGAAUUGAUGCAGUUUGAUACCACUCCUUGAUAGAGAAGGCUAAAGACCUUGUAAAACUAUAGUUCCCACAAUUGCAUAGCUUUUUUCUAAAAUAAUUUUUUAUUCAAGCUUUUUCAAAUCAACAGUGACGUAGACAUGGACAUAUAGCAAAGUAAAAUGCAAAAUUGAGAGCAGGGUUGAAAAUGUAAAAAAGAAAGAGAGAAAGAAAACAAAACAAAAAAAAGAAAAAAAAGAGAAACCAAAAGAAAUACAGUAGAGUCUCACUUAUCCAACAUAAACGGGCCGGCAGAACAUUGGAUAAGCGAAUAUGUUGGAUAAUAAGGAGGGAUUAAGGAAAAGCCUAUUAAACAUCAAAUUACAUUAUGAUUUUACAAAUUAAGCACCAAAACAUCAUGUUAUACAACAAAUUUGACAGAAAAAGUAGUUCAUUACACAUUAAUGCUAUGUAGUAAUUACUGUAUUUACGAAUUUAGCACCAAAAUAUCACAAUGUUUUGAAAACAUUGACUACAAAAAUGCGUUGGAUAAUCCAGAACGUUGGAUAAGCGAGUGUUGGAUAAGUGAGACUCUACUGUAACACUAAAAUCGACUUCCAUCUAUUGCAUGGUGACGUUACGGUUCUUUUUUCUUUAUAAUUUCUCAGCUUUAUUCUGGUAACUCGGUCCGCUCCUAUUCUCCUAUUGUAAGGCUCAGUUUUUAGUUUUGCAUACUUGGAUCUCAUAUGAUAAUUCUCAUUUUUUUCCUCUCUUAAGUAAUUUUUAACCAAUUCCCAGUCGGUUUCCUUUCUUGGACGGCCUUGGCUAUUCUUUAGCAGGCAUAGCUUUGAGCCACAGCAGUUAAAGCGGCAUCCAAAUGCAUGAAUUCUACAGUGUAGAGCAAAUUAUGCCUAGAAUGUCUCUGCAACAGAUGGAACACAUAUAAAUGAAAGAAUAAGCAAACAUAGACAUACACACAUGCAUAAGCUCCGUGAGGUUGUAAUUGAUUUAUUUCAUGCUCCCUGGCACACAGCAUUUGGGAGUUGUGUGAUGGUUUCCCAUUAAGCUUGUUCUUGUCUUUGGUUAAUUAUUUGUAUUUGUGGCGGGGAGGCUUUAAUUCCCCGGUGCCGACUCAAUGACAGAAGCAGCAAAGGCAGGAAAUUCACCGCUGCUGCCUGCACGCUGGAGGAUAAAUCCUGCCUCUCCUUUCCCUUCCAGAUACCUUAUCAAAAAAGUACAUCUGAGGGAUGUGUCUGUCGCGGCUGAACAAGCUGCGAAAAGUGAUGAGAAAAUAUGCUUUGCAAUUGCCGGUGAGAGGAGGAGAGAGAGGAAGGACAGAAGGAAGAGCAGAGGACAGGAUGGCCUAUUCUUCCCCUGGAUUGAUGUGAAAUAAAGGAAUUGGGGAGGGAAACACCGUUCUCAAGGUUCUUCAACAAGAAGUAUGCUUUCUAUCACCCUUUGCUCUCUUUUUGUUCUUAUGCUGCAAUUGCACAAUUGCGCAGUUUCAAUGUUUCUUGCAAAUGUGGGAAGUUGCAGUCUAUGCAAUAAAUGUUCCCAGUUCUGUACCUCUCCAAGCAAACAUCCAUUACUAACACCCUAAUUUUGGCAUGGCCAUUUCUAAUGAAUCCCACUUUUUUACAACUGUUUUUAACAUCGGGUUGCUAUGAGUUUUCCUGACGUUUCGCCUGCAUCUGUGGCCGGCAGCUUCAGAGGUCUGUUGGAAGAGAAGCAAGUGGUGGAACAGAAAGGGGGAAACGAUGAAAAUGAACAAAAUCUGGCUACCAGUAUUUCAAUAACUCUAAAAUCAGGACAGUAAAUAAAGAGCAACACUCUAAAAAUAGGGGAAUUUCAGACAGAAAAAAAAAUCAGGAACAGCUAACACCUCCCACCAAAGGAAGAAAAAUAACGAAUUGAAAUUAAUGGACAAAGUGGCCAGCUAACACCUCCCACCAAAAGCAGAAAAAUAAAGAAUUGAAAAUAAUGGACAAAGUGGCCAGUUAACUCCUCCCACCAAAAGCAGAAAAAUAAAGAAUUGGAAUUAAUGGACAAAGUGGCCAGCUAACACCUCCCACCAAAAGCAGAAAAAUAAAGAAUUGAAAAUAAUGGACAAAGUGGCCAGCUAACACCUCCCACAAAAGGCAGAAAAAUAAAGAACUGAAAUUAAUGGACAAAGUGGCCAGCUAACACUUCUCACCAAAGGCAGAAAAAUAAAGAACUGAAAUUAAUGGACAAAGUGGCCAGCUAACACUUCCCACCAAAGGCAGAAAAAUAAAGAAUUGGAAUUAAUGGACAAAGUGGCCAGCUAUCACCUCCCACCAAAAGCAGAAAAAUAACGAAUUGAAAUUAAUGGACAAAGUGGCCAGCUAACACCUCCCACCAAAAGCAGAAAAAUAAAGAAUUGGAAUUAAUGGACAAAGUGGCCAGCUAACACCUCCCACCAAAGGAUUCCCCCAGGCAGGAAGCAGCCAGGGUUUGAAGCUGCAAAGCUAUUCAAUGCUAAUCAAGCUGGCCAAUUGCAACAUUCACACUUUCCUCCAACAUACAAGAGUUCUUUCUUCCAUCCUAGACAUUAUUCCACAGAUAUAUGAACCCCAUUUGCCUAGUUUCCAACAGACCUCACAACCUCUGAGGAUGCCUGCCUACCAGCCGUUAGGAAUUGUGGGAGUUGAAGUCCAAAAUACCUGGAGGACCAAAUUGUGCCCGUACCUGAUAUAGACCUUUCAUCUUAAACAAGCCCCACUGUGAUCCAUCCAUGGAAUGUUUUCCCUGCAUUGGGUUGUUUACCCCAACUUUCCAGCAGCUUUCUUUGCACUGAUCGUAAAGGUUAAUGCUGCUCUUACUGCCUCCAUUGCCUGGAUUUAUGGGAAAGCAUGAAAUAAAGCUCACAGAGUUGUAAAUAUGGCCUUUAAUAGAAACAUGGAGGGAAAGAGGCUGAAGGAACUAGUAUUUACCCUUGUGCAUCCAUUCAUCCCUGCCCUCAGAUAUAAAUCAAGCCUUGGAGAUUUCUUUUCCAACAUCUGUUUUCUGUACUUUCUCCAUCCCAAGGUGAAGUGGAGGGAGAGAAGGCUUGCGGACGGGGAAAAUCUGGAUGGAACAAAUAGCACAAGAAUCUUAUUAAUUUGUAUCCAAGCUUUUCCCAAUAAUAGGGUCAAGAUGGCCCAACCUUGGAUUGUCUACCUUGGAUUCUUCUCACCAAGAUAGUCCAAUACUUGAGAACAGGAAUUUUUUUUUGCUCAUGGGUUGUAUAUAGUAGGCUUGUGCACAAAUUCGUAUUUAGUCGUUUCCUUCGGCCAAUCUGGUUUCUUCAGUUUGGUCGGGUGCACAAAACGGCAAGGGCCCACCCAUCAUCACAGUUUAAUCUUCAACAUGGCAGUUUAAUCUUUUGCAUUAAUCCCAGUAAACAAAAAGAAAACCUCUAUUCCCUGAAAACUACUGCCACCUAGUUACCUCUCUAUUAGGAAGUAGAAACAGUUCUAAGGAAGCAUUAAAACCAAAGCAGAAAGAAGAUCGAAAAGUGCCAAGAAAAAGAGGGGAUUUUUAAGGAAGUCCAGGGAGGGAAUUUUUAAGGAAGUCCAAGGAGGGGAUUUUUAAGGAAGUCCAGGAAGGAUAGCUCCAGGCGAUCAUCGCUUUUCCUUAUAUGGAAGUGGGAAGCCUCCUUAAAAUGUCUUGGAAAGAGUGUGUGAUGCGGUGCAGGCCCAGGAGAGAAAGCGCAUGUACCUGCCUGCAAUGCCUCUCCUCUAGAGUAGAAGCAGCUUAAAUGCCUACAAUGAUGGGAAGGGGAGUCUGGGAAGUGUCCCCCCCCCCCCCCAAUAAUGGGCUGGAUAGAAAAUGAAUUUUUCAGCUUCCAAGAGCAAAAACAACCAGUUUGAAGCUGAAAGGCCAUUAAAUGCUAAUCGUUCUGGCUAAUUGCAGCAUUCAUACUGGCCUCCAACAGACAAAAAAAAGGAACAACCAGAAAUAUUGUAUAUUCACAUGUUUUAGGAAAUAACAUCUACUAAUUACCACGAAUUCCUCAAUACUUGAUUUCCCAUACCACCACACUUCACCACAGCAAUGCUUGGCCGGGCACAGCUAGUAUGUUUGUGUGUGUGUGUGUGUGUGCGUAUAUAUAUACAUAUACACUAGCUUUGCCCGUCCACGUGUUGCUGUGGCUUAUGGGAAUCAUUUGUUGGCCAGGUGAAAAAGGCAGUGAAUAGCCUUGCAGCCUCAAAGCCUGGCCUUUUGGACACAAAGGGGGCAGGGCCUAAAGGGGUGGGGCCUAAAGGCAGCAGGGCAUACCUUUCUGACUGGCAGUUAAGGGGAGAAAGGCUCUUCCUCAUCCUCUGUAAUUUGGACCAUUUUUCUAGGUUUUUUUGUUUGAAAGAUAUAUUUUGGAUGACUAUGUCUUUUGUGGCCAUAUUUGGUGUGAUUUGGUUCAGUGGUUUUGUUGCUUACUCCAUAGUAAAACGAACAUUACAUUUAUAUAUAUAUAGAUAUAGAUAUAGAUAUAGAUGUAUAUAUAUAGAUAUAUAUACAGUAGAGUCUCACUUAUCCAAGCCAUUUUUGUAGUCAAUGUUUUCAAUAUAUCGUAAUAUUUUGGUGCUAAAUUCAUAAAUACAGUAAUUACAACAUAACAUUACUGUGUAUUGAACUACUUUUUCUGUCAAAUUUGUUGUAUAACAUGAAGUUUUGGUGCUUAGUUUGUAAAAUCAUAACCUAAUUUGAUGUUUAAUAGGCUUUUCCUUAAUCCCUCCUUAUUAUCCAAGAUAUUCGCUUAUCCAAGCUUCAGCUGGCCCGUUUAGCUUGGAUAAGUGAGACUCUACUGUAUAUAUAUACUAGCUGUGCCCGGCCACAUGUUGCUGUAACAAAGUAUGGUGGUAUGGGAAAUCAGAUAAUCUGUAUUUUAUAGGUAGUGUGGAAGAGGCCCAAGUGAGGCCUAACUCUGCCUGUCCCCUGGGGCGAGUGGGUUAAUAGGAGACCAAGUGGGAGGAGCUUAGCCUUCUAACUGGCAGCAAUUGGAUGAAAGCAAUUAUUCCUCUCCCUCUAAUUAGGACUUUAUUUUUCUUUUCUUUUUGUUGUAUCAACCUAGAGGCAUGGAUGAUGGGUUGUGUUGUCAAAUUUCGAGGUUGGGAGGCCUGUAGUUUUGUUGUUUUGUGGGUCGCCGUGAUGCCAUCACUCAUUUAUAUGUAUAGAUAUACAUUUUUUUCUAUUACUAUCUGGGAAAUGCAAUAAAUAAUUGCUUGCAA